AUGGACGCUACUGCAUCGACGUACCCGCCCCCGCCACCUUACUACAAGCUCUACGCUGCUUACGACCCCCACACGCGCACGGGCGGCCCGCCCCCGCCUCCCGCCAUCACCGGCGAAUACGUGUCCUUCGGAGCCCCGUACAACCUGAUCUCUCGCCCCCUGCUCCCCUCCCCCCUGCUCCCCUCCCCCCCUGCUCCCCUCCUCCCUGCUCCCCUCCCCCCUGCUCCCUUGCCCCCUGCUCCCUUGCCCCCUGCUCCCCUCCCCCCCUGCUCUCUUGCCGCCUGCUCUCCUGCCGCCUGCUCUCUUGCCGCCUGCUCUCUUACCCCCUGCUCUCUUGCCGCCUGCUCUCUUGCCGCCUGCUCUCUUGCCGCCUGCUCUCUUGCCGCCUGCUCUCUCGCUGCCUGCUCUCUCACCCCCUGCUCCCGGGGCGGGCAAUGCAAUGCAGACGGAGGAUCGGCUGCCGAGCCUGGAGGAGCAGGGCGUGCGGCAGCUGUUCCCCUCCACCAAGAAUAUCAAGCGAUGCGCACAGCACUGGUGGAAUCCAGGGGUCUGGUAGAGCUGGAGCUGGCAUGUGCUGGGGGAAAUGCUGGGGGGAAUGCUGUAUGCAUGGCAGUCAUCCCUUGCGGCUGUGUCCCUCACACGUGGGGCAGGCAUGCAGGAGGGGCUGAACUGAAGCAGUGGAGCGGGCGGUGCCUAAAGAAUCGCAUGCAGCUGCGGCUGAAGCAGUGGAGCUGGCGGGCGGGUGGGUGUGCCUGUGGCGCUGGCAUUCACAUCCCAACGCCCUUCUCUUGGCACCCUCUCACCAACCCCCCAGUCGCGCGUGCAGAGCUCAAGGCGCUGGGGCGGUGGAGCGACUGCCAUGCCUCUAUGCCCUUCUCCUCCUCGCAUCCACUCACCAUCCCGCCCCCGCUCCCCGCAGUCCCUAUCCCUUCCGCCCACCAGACGUGCUGGUGGAGCGACAUUCAUGCCCAGGCCUCUCCUCCCGUGCCUUGUCGUGUCCCCACAGAUACACGUGCAGAGCUCAAGGCGUUGGGGCGCGAGCUGGGGCUGUUUGGCGUUGGAGCUGGCAGGCAGGCGUGCUGUCACACGUGCAGAGCCGAAAGCGCUGGUGCUGGAGCUGGCACUCGUGCUGGUGGUGCAACUGCCAUGCACAGGCCUCUCCUCCUCCCCUGCCUCGUCGUGUCCCACCAGACACACGUGCAACGUCAAAAUCACUGGGAGGGACCAGACACGCGUGCAGAGCUGAAGGCACUAUGGCCGUGCGCUGGGCCUGCUGGUGCUGGAGCUGGUGGACGUGCGGGCGGAGGGGACUAA